GUGCUGGCGGUGAAACAACACGUGCAUUCAAUCAAUGCCAUGGAGGACGAAACACACUUCUCUGGGGAUGCGAGCUCAUUUUACUUACUUUUUAGCUUGUAAUUACUCCAUAUAAACCUCCAAACUUGCACUGACUCUGAGUAUACAUACCAUAUGUCGCUAGAUUGAAAUAAACAUCAUUGUUUUGACCGGAAAUUUUGACAAUAUGAGCCCAGUCGGUUGCUAAGCUAAUAGGUAUGCUAACAGCAAAUGGGCUAAACUUAGUUAACUAAAGAGAAAAUUAAAACCCUGCUUUGUCAGGUAGAUUUCGCUUUGAAUGCUGGUACUAUCUCGAUAUAUCUGCGAUUGAUUUUUCAACAAUGGAUCUCAAUUUUUACUCUGAACUCUCGGACACCCAAAACGUGGAUUCUGAGUUUUUAAACACACAAGCUUUUAGUGGUUACUCUGAGGAAAAUAAGUUUUCGGGGGGCGGAGACAACUAUCUUACAAUAGAUGGAGGCGGUCACCCCUUUCUAUCUGCAGAACAUACCUUUCAUACACCCAGCCUGGGGGAUGAGGUGUUUGAGAUCCCUCCUAUCUCCCUUGAUCCAGAUUCAGCUCUCAACAUCAGUGAUGCUGUGUCUCACUUUGAGACGCCUGGGUCCCGCAGUCUUGUUAGUAACAUGGUAGUGGAGGCAAACGACCCCUCAUUUGCGUCCACCUUUUUCAACUCUGGGUCCCAAGGCAUGGCCCAACACAACCUGCGGGCAGAGGCACAUGCGGAGGGAAGUGUUCUUCUCAGCUCAUCAGCUUUGGAAAUGGGAAAUACAACAUCCCAUUUCAGCAGUUCCUCUCCAAUGACGAUUGAUGUUCAACUUGGAGAUAUGGAGCCAGGGCUUUUGGGAAGUGGUCAACUCAGUACUAUUAACCCAUCAGAGCUAACCCUUGGCCUUGGAGACAUGGGGGAGAGGUCAGAAGUCAUGCCCACCACCCCAUCACCCGCGGGCUCCCUACAAGAUGAAGACAUGGAUGACUUCAAGAGGAGUGUUCUUGUAGAUUCUCCUGUCUCCGUCGCCUCCAUUUCACACACGUCGUCCCAAGGCAGCUUGGCAGCCCCCACAGCCCGGAGAGGUGGAGGGAAACCUGCCACUGUAGCUUCACCAACAGCGGUAAAAAAAGGCAGGAGGAAGAAGGACCCGAAUGAACCACAGAAGCCAGUGUCUGCAUAUGCUCUGUUCUUCCGAGACACACAGGCAGCCAUUAAGGGCCAAAAUCCAAACGCUUCUUUUGGAGAGGUGUCCAAAAUAGUUGCUUCAAUGUGGGAUAGUCUGGCUGAGGAGCAGAAACAGGUUUACAAGAAAAAGACAGAGAUAGCCAAAAAAGGGUAUCUGAAAGCCCUAGCAGCAUACAAAGCAAACCAGCUCUCACAGUCUAACUCUGAAGAGAUGGAGGCUGAGUCAGCAUCACCUCAGGAAGGCAGCCCCAGUCCUACAGCCCUUACCUCCACUGAAGAAAACAUCCCCAACAUUAUAUUAAAUUCAGGGCCUAAACCCACAGCUACACCACAGUCUCCAACCAUAACCAAGAUCAUUAUUCCAAAGCACAUGCUGCAGACAGGGCGCCAGUUGGUCACAGUGUUGCCAGGCGGGGUGCGCGCUUUGCAGCCCACCACACUCCUCAUCUCUGGUGCUGCUCGUGGGCCUCCUCCUCUGCAGCAGAUGCAAAAUGCUCCUCCACCUCCACGACUUCAGCAGAUGGCCCCCGGCCCUCCGCGACUACAGGCCAAGCCCUCCACAGUUCAGGGUGUGUCCGUCUCUGCAGCCCCGCCUCCUCCACUCCAGAUCAAAAUAGUGCCCGCUUCAGUGCAGUCGAAUACUGUGGAGUUGGUGAGCACCACAAAUGAGCAAGGAAACCCUGAAGACGAUGAUGUUACAGAAGUGGAGCCUUUGGAGGAGGAUGUGAUGGAGGUGAGUGCACCCACAGUGAGUUCAAAGAUGGUGUGCCUCAGAGCUGGCUGUAACAAACCUGCUGUGGACAGUGAAGACUGGGACAAAGAAUACUGCAGCAAUGAAUGUGUGGCCACUCACUGCAGGGAUGUUUUUCAGGCAUGGUGUUCCAUCAGAAGUCAGUCCGUUGCUGCAGUGAAGUGAACUCUGCCCCCACACACAGGACUCACUGCCAGUGUUUGUUAAAACGAGUGUUACUUGUAGUUGAAGUCUAAAAUGAGGGUCAUAGUUCUUUCAUUCAGUCAAGUAUUACACCAUACCUUCAUCAAGUGCCACUGCCAUAAAACUGGUUCAAACUGGCACUAGAUAAGACAAGGCUUUAGGCAGCUAGAGAUUACAGCAGAUGUGCCCAGACAGUAGACAUUUUACCAAAAUUGUAUUUGACUUAAAGUAUUUUUCUAUCUGUGAAUUUAAACAGUAAUUUAAAAAAGGUGCUUAUACUGUUCACAUUCAUGUUGUAGUCAGUGUUUGUUUCAAGGAUGUUUCAUUCAAAAAGUUUCUAAUGAAAGAUACAUUUUGUAUAAAGUCAAGACAUUUUUAUACAACAUUGUGUUGGAUUCAGUGACCACCAAAACAUUUUAUUUUCUUGUUUCCUAAAUAAAUGAGAGCAAACUGCA